CGGGAGGCGGGCGGGCCGCGGCCGGGGGUGCGGAGUCCGCGCCGACGUCCGGCAACUUUCCGAGCGGGGGCGGAGCCGGCGGGCCCCGAGGACGCGCAGCGCGGCCGACUGCGGCGGCGCGGGAGAUAGGAAACUAUCUUCAUUUAUCACAAAGUGAUUGAAGAAUAACUGAAAAACUAGAGAUCUCGUUGAUGUUUGGUGAGGAUAGAAAUCACUCCCUCCUGAUGAAGAAAAUGUGUAACAGAGGAGGCUGCAGAGAAAGAACUUCGUAGCUUGGGAAAGAAAGUGAUUGAAGAACUCGGGUGGCAACUGUUUGAUUGAAACUAUUCGAAGUCAAGAGUCUGCAUAUUCUUUCAACUCUAUCCAAGCUCUCCCAGGUAGGUGCUGAGAUGCUUUUGGGAAAAUAACACAGACCAGACAGCCUGAGUCUGAGUCUCCUACUUCGCCGUUUGAAUGACUGUGGACAAGUCUCACUCUGUUUCCUCAAGGGUGACAGGACCGGCAGGAGAGCGUUAUUCUGAGGGUUACUGAAGUCAUACUCAUACAGUACCUGGAACGUGCGUGGCUUAUAGUGAAAUCUAGUAGCUGGUAACGAGUCUUAUCAUAUGAUGAGGUGAAUCAAAGUAGCUUUUAUGUGCUUUGCUAAUUAAAUAAUGGGACUGUUCAAGUCAUUAUUUUUGUUAAAGUUCUGAAUUUCAUUUGAUAAGAUUCUGAUUUUUUUUUUCCCCUGUCACUCUCUGGAAAUCAGCCUGUUUUCAGUUUUACAUCAGGGGAGUCACUGAGGAAACAACACGAGUAAACAGUCCUAGAGAGUCCCGGCGCCCUGCAGAGAAAACAGCUAUAAAGUGUGAUUGAACUGAACAUCUGUUUGGCUGAUCAUCAUGAACCGUGCUUUUAGCAGGAAGAAAGACAAAACAUGGAUGCAUACUCCCGAAGCUUUAUCAAAACAUUACAUUCCCUAUAAUGCAAAGUUUCUUGGCAGUACAGAAGUGGAGCAGCCUAAAGGAACAGAAGUUGUGAGAGAUGCUGUCAGAAAACUCAAGUUUGCAAGACAUAUCAAGAAAUCCGAAGGCCAGAAAAUCCCUAAAGUUGAGCUGCAAAUAUCAAUAUACGGGGUAAAAAUUCUGGAACCGAAAACCAAGGAAGUCCAACACAAUUGCCAGCUUCAUAGAAUAUCAUUUUGUGCAGAUGACAAAACUGACAAGAGGAUAUUCACUUUCAUAUGCAAAGAUUCUGAGUCAAAUAAACAUUUGUGCUAUGUAUUUGACAGCGAAAAGUGUGCUGAAGAAAUAACUUUAACAAUCGGCCAAGCAUUUGACCUGGCAUACAGGAAAUUUCUAGAAUCUGGAGGAAAAGAUGUGGAAACAAGAAAACAGAUUGCAGGAUUGCAGAAAAGAAACUUAGUGUUCUCAUGUGACUUUGCUUCACUUCCUGAUGCUUCUCAUGGGGAUCAGAGCAGCAGAAGCAGCAGAUGCUGGAUUCAAGACUUAGAAACCGAAAAUAUGGAACUUAAAAACAAAGUACAAGAUUUGGAAAGCCAGUUAAGAACAACCCAAGUAUCAACAUCUCCACUGCUGCACAAAAUGUCUGAUCAGGAGCAGCAUGGGUUUCAGAGAUGCUCACCUUCUUUCUGGCGUAGUAGUGAUGAUUCAUCUUCCUGUCUAAAUAGUUCUUCCAUUACUGUCACUCCUGUCAACUCGCCUGAUUCCAGACUGUCACUGGGACUGUUAAUACCACCACCUUCUAAAUGUGGCCUUCCCAAGCCAAUCAGUGAGAACAGCAUCCCAAGACCUCACGCAGGCACCGGGACACCCAAGUCCCCCUCCACUGACAUCUUUGACAUGGUACCAUUUUCUCCGGUAUCACACGCAACUUCAACCCCUACUCGCAACGGCACGCAGCCGCCGCCGGUACCCAGCAGAGCUACUGAGAUCAAGCGGGACCUGUUUGGAGCGGAACCGUUUGACCCGUUCACCUGCGGAGCUGGGGAUUUCCCUCCGGACAUUCAGUCGAAGCUGGAGGAGAUGCAGGAGGGGUUCAAAAUGGGACUAACUCUUGAAGGCACAGUAUUUUGUCUCGACCCAUUAGACAGCAGGUGCUGAUGUCAAGAACAAGAGAUCCAGAUUUGUGUUAAAUUUGUUUUAUAUGCAUAUAGAUCAUUCCUUAGUACCAUAUGACAGGUAGUGUCUGUGUGCCAAUAUGUUUUUGAAGAUCUUCACUUUUUGCAAAUUAUUUUAGUAAAAUGUCUUCCACUAUUGAUCUAUAAUGUUUAUUUUAAAAAUAAAUCACUGUAAAGUAAAUCAUACUUUCAUGUUUCUUUCUGUUUCUCUUGUAGAUGAAUUUAGAAUCAAAGAACAAAUUAUCCAAAUAUAUGCCUUGUGUCUGAGUUCUAAAUAAUUAGCAUCUUGAAAUCUGUGUUCAUUUUCCAGGCUGCUACUUUAUUAUUCAUUCCCCAAAGCCAUACCUUGAUGAUACCUUUCAGUCUUGAGGAGAUAUACCAAUGCUAAACUUAGUAUAUUCUGUAUUCAGACCAGUAAGCAUGUUACCAUGAUUAGACAGGUGUUAUUUUAUGUAUUAGAUGUUGUUCAUAUCAUCGGCAAAAUGUAAACUUUGAAUAUAAUGCCGCCAGGUCAUUUUUAGCAGGUAAAAUAGCAAAAAUAUAAUUUCCAAUAAUAAUUAAGCCAAAUAAUUAUUUAUUAGUAAAAGCAAAGUAAAAAUGUUAGCUACUACAGUCAGUCAUACUCUAAAUCUUUUAUUUAUUUCAUAAGUAAGGAUAAUGGUAAAAGCCAAAAAUUUGCUCAUUACAAAUACACUUAAGAUUUAAUUUCUAAUCGGAUACGAUACAUUGCUAAAUAUCUAAACAUCAUCUGAUCUAAUAUUUUCUUUAAAAAAUGGAAUGUUGGUUGUCUUCAGUUGCAAAAUCUAUUACCCACAUUUACUUUACCAAAUAUAUUUUUCUUACUGAAUAUUAUUCUCAUAUUUUCUUCUUUGAUAAACAUUUUCUCACCAGAUUUUAUUUUGUGAUGCCCCAUUAGUUUUGAUACUUUAAAAUCUCUAACAAUUAUUCUUUAUGAAUCAACAGUAUUAUUUAGCAACUUUAAUUUGUAUUUGUUUCUGUUGAAGGUAGAAUUUCAUUUUUUACAAAAAAUCAAGUGACUUCUCAGUUUGGGUUAACAUGAACAAUGAAAUUUUCUUUCAUAAUAUACUGAUGAACUCUGACCUUUUAAAAUGUUAAUUUUGUAUAUCUUUGCCUAUCAUGUAACAGAUUUUAAUUGGUAUUCAGUACAAGAAGGAUUUAUGGUUAAAAUUUAUAAUUUGGUUCAUUGCAUCAUAAGAAAAACAGAUUAAAUUAAUAAAAAUGGGAGCUUAGAUUAGGGAUAUAUCUCAAAAAUAGAUUUUUUUCUUUUACUCCUGGGAAUUUUUGUCAAGUGCUAAGGGUACAUAUUCACUAGGAAAAGAAAUCAUAAAAUGCUUAUGCAAUGUUAUAUUUGUAUGUAUCUUCAUAAUGUUCUAUGGUAGACGUAAGUCUUCCUACUUGUUUCUGUAUUGGCUAAGUUGUACCUUAGUUAGAGCUUAGCAUAUGUUUCAUAAAGAAGAAUCUUUAUAAUUUUGUUUGUCAUAUAGUAUUUUGGAAUUUGUAUAAUGAGGAUGUUUAGAAGCCAUAUUAGUGGCUUUUUAUAACAGAUAGAAUUUGUAUUUUUAUUGUACUUCAAAAGCUUUAUGUAAUAGGUAUAUAUAUUUAGUGGCCAUUUAUUACCAAUGGUAACACCAUAGAGUACUAAGAUGGAAUUUGCACACUUAAGAUACGUUACCUUACCAUUUUUUAAUGGUAAUCAGUUCUGCUGCUGGCAUGACUAAAUAGUACACAAUUGGUUAUUAAUUAUGAACGUUCAUUUCUCCAGUCCAUUUUUAUGAAGAUCUGGUUGAAAAUUGUAUUUCUAUGUAAACUCAAUGAUAUGUUUGAUUUUGCUGAGAAUAAAUGAUUUUAAAUAAA